UUUCCUCGUGCCUCGCCGUGAGUAUAGCUGCACAAUCAGAGAUCAAAGCGAGAAAAUAAACGCGCUCUUCCCUUAUCAACUCUCGUAGUUUGACCCGCGUCCCAUCCCCACCCCAGCACUAGGUCAUGGUAACGUACUUCCAUGGCACAGCUCACAGACGCACACAAAUACACGAGUCUCGAAAUUACAAUAUGUAACAACAAUCUGGCCCGUUCCUCGCCCCUCUCCUGCCUCGACUGUCUUUCGUGUUUGUGUGAUUUCACUUGGAAGAGACGGCCCUCCGAGCAACGACGUUCGCGCAUAGAUAAUAACUCACGAGCCAAGAUGAUCUUUGCUCCAGCCGCAUCAAGUCCGACGCCACCGCCGUCUUCGUCGGACACGAGCUCGAAGAUCCGCGAUCGGGGAGUUUCUGUGUUCCCGUAGUUUUUUUGCCAUUGGUGCUUACUUAACGCUGACUCACUAUUUUGAAAAAAGUGCGCUUUCGAGGGUAAACGUUUAAAUCAAUCUUUCGUACUGCGGAGAUGUAGCCGAAACUUCAUCCGUACGAAAAGUCAUCAAAAACUUUCGACUCGCUAAAAAGAGAAGCUUGCAAAGCUCGACUGGAAGUCUUCCCAUAAGACAGUAAACGACUCUUUCGCGCAUCGAAUUCCGGAAGCGAGGAAAGCAAGAUCGGCGGUGUGAGUGCGCAUUUUACAUGGAUUCCGAGCUGACGAGGAGAAGAAACAGUGCAACUCUCGGAGCAGUCGACCGGAGACGAGGAGCCGCGGAUCUGCAGCCCGAGCUCUUUCGAAACGAACGGCCCGUUGACGCGAUCCAACAGAUAUGGCUCUCGACUUCUUGGCUGGCUGCCUCGGAGGCUGCGCAGGUAUUGUGGUUGGAUAUCCUCUUGAUACCAUCAAGGUUCACAUUCAGACGCAAGACCACAGGAAUCCCAAGUACAAGGGGACAUGGCACUGCUUUCGUACCCUGAUCAAGCAGGACUCGGUGUCGGGUCUCUACCGUGGGAUGUCGUCGCCGAUGGCAGGCGUUGCGGCGAUCAACGCCAUUGUCUUUGGCGUCUACGGCCAGACGCAAAAGUUCCUGAACGAUGGGCUCCCGCCCAACAGCGACCACCAGCUCGGCGGUCACUUCCUUGCCGGUGCCUCGGCCGGCAUAGCCCAGGCCCCAGUCUGCAGUCCCAUGGAGCUAGCCAAGACUCGGCUGCAGCUUCAGGACCACGACUCUGCGCCUCGCAACGGCAACCAGCCUCGUUUCUCCAGUCCGGUGCAAUGUCUGCGCCACAUUCACCGGACGGAGGGGCUCCGAGGCGUCUUCAGCGGCCUGGGAAUCACCCUGAUGAGAGAAGCUCCGAGCUACGGGGUGUACUUCGUGACCUACGAGGCACUGACGCGCUCCGAGCAUCCGAUCUCGACCUGGCACAUGCUGCUGGCCGGUGGUCUCGCCGGUACCGCCUCCUGGGUAGUGUCCUACCCUCUGGACGUCGUCAAGUCAAGACUGCAAGCCGACGCCACGGCCAAGUACAACGGAGCUCUUGACUGCUUCAGAAAGUCAGUGAGGAACGAGGGAUACGGCUGUCUCUUCCGGGGACUGAACUCGACGAUCAUCCGGGCGUUCCCGACGAACGCCGCGACCUUCGCCGUGGUCACCUGGACCAUGAGGCUACUCGGAGAAGACCAGCCUCAGAAGGCACCAGCGACGCAGCCGAAGAAGGAAGAGCACGAGGUGUUCAAGCCGAGCUCCAGGUCCUGGAACGCGUUCGAUCGUUACGGGGAGUCCAGCUGCCAGUCGCUGCACAAGAUUGGAGACGCCACUAACGGUUAUCUGCACCAGCUGGUGAGUGCGAGCCUCGUUCUGAUGCCACAUGCGUCUGCGACGGCGGGUAACGAAGUCGCCGCGGUCGCCAAAACUGCGAGUGUUAAACAGUUCGACGAAGCUCGCCACUUUGAAUGGGCUAGGGAGAUGGUUCACUACUAAGGAUUUUUAAUGCAGACGGUGUACUGUGCUUCAACGGUCGACUACGACAAAGAGUGCUUUAAGAAUACUCUUAUUUAUAGCGUAAUUUUAUAACGACUGUUGUCGAAUUUUUUAUAUGUUUUAUAUACGAGAUAAAACUUUAUUUUUAUGCUCCAUUAUUCGUUUUAUGUUACUUAACCUAGGUUUAUGAUUAUUUUACAUAAACAUUGUUAUAAUAUGCAUAAGUUAUUUAGAAGUGUGUAGAUUUGAUAAUAUUGUAUUUUAAUUCAUCGUCAUCAGAAUAUUGUCUUCCAUUAAACUAUUCAUAC